ACCUGUGCUCUCUGUUUGCACUGAAAGAGGGUGAGAGACUGACAUGAGGGCCUCUGGGCCGGUGGUACAAAACCAGGACCAGUCCCAAGAUACAAAUCAGCCCCCAGAUUGAGUUUUGGAGUCAGGGGAGAGGUGUUGUGUGAUAGGCUGAAUGUAAUUUAUUCUCUUUGAGUCUAUGCACUGAUUGAAAGACACGCCAAAGCAUAGCGAUCUAUUUAAGAAUGUUUCGUGGUGUAUAUUUUAUUAAACUUCAAUUUGGAAGAGGUUGGUUUUGGCAAUAUUACUUUAAAGCAUUUUCUGAUUCCAAAUUUAACAGGUGAGGUCAACAAAUGCAAUAAAAGACUUUCUUACUUUCUUUCUUUCUUUUUGUAGAUAAACUGCAGUAUUUACCUUUCCAAUUACAGCAAUUAACCUGUAUCAUUUAAAACAAGCCUAAGUAAAACUAGCAGUAAGUUCGAAAAAAAGCUCUCACUUUUUCUACACUUUUUUCUAAGAAAACACCGACCAAAACAGUUUUGAUCCUGUGAGGACAUGUGAAUCUAGAAAACACAGUCUAAUUCACCAUCAGGGACCGAGUCCAGAAAGCAUCUCAAAAAAAGACCCUGCCUCCUAUCAACAAUUGUAAUUCCUCCUGGCAACGGGAUGUUUAUAAAAGUGUCUCCAUAUUCUGACCCGCAUCUUUACGGCUAUAAUCUUCUAUCUGAAUCCCAUUCAUUGGCAUCAGCUUGUCAGAACUCAUGGAGAGCCGACUACGCCAUGACAGAAGAUUCAACUUCAUACUACGAAGCAGCAUGUCCUCUUCUAAUUUGACAACCAAUUCAGUCAACACAACCCACACUGUCAGUGUGUUUGAAGGAUGUGAAGAGAUGGUGAGUGGCAUCAUUUUUGACCUGACCAUGCAAUCUUUCAAUGUGAUAAUAGGAAUACCUGCCAACAUCCUGGUCAUUGCGAACCUAAUAAACACCCGCAAUGAGCCUUUAACUUCUGACAUCUUUCUUGGCUGCCUGGCUUUUAUGGAUGCCUACUUUGGAUUCAUGACGAUCAUUUCAUUCUUCAAUCUCUACCUCUGGCAGAGUGCCAUGGCUUGGCUGGCUAUAAAAUUCUCUUAUGGCGUGAAGGACACCAGCGGGCCGCUCUUCCUCUCCUGUGUCUGUUUGGAUCGAUUUAUAGCCGUUCUCUUCCCCAUCGCAUUUGGACAGCUGAAGGACAUCAAAUACAGGAUCUGUCUCACCAUAGCAAUCCUGCUGCUGACUUUUGCUUACUCUUCAGCCAAAACAAUUGGUGGCAUCCACAAUUUCGAGAAAGUUUUCACUGGUGAGGUCCUGUUUGCGUUCACCUGGAUGGUGGCGUGUAACGUGGCCAUCAUGAUAGCCCUGAAACGCUCAAGAGGCUCUGGUAAAGAUGAGAUGCAUCCAAUGAAAAGAAAAGCUUUUAAGAUGGUGCUAUCGAUCUUGAUCAUCAUAGUGAGCAAUUAUCUCCCUCCGGUUGCUCUGUUCCCCUUUGAAGAUCAUUUUCCACGUAUGGUCUUCACCUGCCAUGUGCAGCCAGUAUGUUUUGCCUUUCUAAACAUCAGCAGCACUAUCCAGCCCUUAACUUACUUGUCCCGCCUAGAGAAAGUACCAUUCCUGCCUCAAACAUGUGUGGAGAAGUUAAGCUGCAAGAAAGAAGACAAACCCUCAAAGGAAUGAUUGUUGUCUGAAAUGAAGUCUGAAAUAUGUUAUUAGAUCAAUUUUAACACAGUAGUCUACUCUGAGAUUAUUGAGCUGCAUAUGAUAUAUUUGUAUAUAAUAUAAUAGAAUCUAUUACGAAUUGAUCUUGAAUGUUUGUAGCAACAAAGAUAUUGUACUGGGCUUUAUUUCACUUGUCUUUGAUUCUUUUCAACAUAGUUCAUUGCAUCAAACAAUUCCCUUUGUAGUUAGAAAAUGUUCUGAGCUCCUGUUCGUACAACCUUUCACCAUUCCCUACACCACAAGCAGCUGAUUCAGAUGUGUUUGGUUGGGAAAAGGUCUGAACUUUGUUGGACAGGAGCUCACCAGGAGCAAAUUUGAAGACCCUUGUCGCCAUGAAGUCUCUAUGAAAUUUCUAUAUAUCUCUUCCUAUUGUUAUAUUUAUACAGUAGUGCUUAUUAUAAAUGAUGUAUGUAUGCACUUCAUUAUUUUGUAAAAAAAAACAACAACUUAAACUUGAAAUCUUUUACCAAAAACUAUAACCUUCCCUCUUCCUCAAAAUUACUUUGCUUCACUUGUGGUUACAUGAAAUGCCUUUAAGCAGGGCUAUCAGGACAUGUCUUAUUUCUGCCCUGCUUUCAUCCAAUUGUCAAUCUACAUUCAUUUGUAAGCAAGGCCAAUCUUCCAUUGAUCAAAUCAGUUCCCAAUGGAUAAAAUUAUGCAUAUUUUUUGCAUCAGGACCAUACAAAUACAUCAUGUUAUGGGAAAAAAGGACAACCUUAACUUGCAUUUCAUGGCGACACUUUGGUAAAGAGCAAAAAUAAAGAAAGUUUUCUGAUACGGAAGUUGUUUUUCAACCUCUUUAUAGUUGAUCCCAGAAAUAAACGAGUUCACAUAAGCUGUGUUCAACAAUUUUUAUUUGUUAUCCUCAAACAUAUCUUGCAGUACAUUUAAUAAACUAUUACAUGAUC